UUGAGCCUCUAGGCAGUGUCGGGUCAGACGGGAAGGUCUAAAUUUUCUGUCCGCCGAAUCGUCAAAUCGGCUGGCUGGUCAAGCUUAAAGAAGAAUGAAAGACCCUACUUGACGGAAAAAAUGCGAUAUAAUCGUUGUAGAGAAAAAGGCUGCCUCUCAUGGUGUCCGCUCCUAGCGGCUCUACACCCAGCAUUGAAGCAGUCAAGAGACGUGAAGGCCCUGGGAGUCCUCCACCAAAGCUUCCCCGCCAUAUAUGAGUGCCAGCCCACCACCACGCCCGAAAUUGCCCGCAUAUCCGCCCCCGCCAGCGCCAAAUCCGUGCCCACAUUAUGCCAUAAGAUUGUGGCCACAAUUGACCAAGCUCAUGGAGAAGCUCAAGCUCUGGCCAAUCCGGAGGACGGUUCUGCCGAGCUCAAGGUGCCCAUUGACAAGCACACUCUUUCGGCAACCUUGGGGAAAUCGGUCAGCGUCGCCAUCAAGCGCCUGAAUGCCGAGCUGAGGAUGAUCUGA